CACACGACCAACACCCGAAACCUGUUCAAUGCCAUGCCAGCCCGCGGUCGCAAUACCGAUGUCUCACCCAUCACGCUAGACGCGGCCGUAUACGCCCACGAACUCGAGGCCCAGCUCUCUCUACACUUUCUCGCCCCAUCUAAUCCGGCUAAUAAGUUCCCGCCGUGCAGCCACCCCGCGAUGCCGCCCGUUCCACAGCACCCAUCACGCUCUCCCAGUCCGAUGCACAACGUGGACUCGGCACAGGCUGUGUAUCCCAUUCCUGCCCAUCAUGUGGCCUCUUCCUCACGUCUCGAACCCUGUCCGCCAUUUAGUUGUUCACAGUCCUCAACGUCCUCGACGAGUUCUGACAUCACCCCGGCGCCAUUGACACCACCCACAGUCACCAACGAUUUGUGGCCUGCACGGUACACCAUUCCUCCCUUCGAUUAUUACGAGUCUCCGCCAUCUCCACCGCGCACGUUACAAGACCAGAUGCAAGUCGCGUACGCACACGACAACAUGCACCUGGCCAAGAUCCUCUUGUUGAAGCUGAAGGGCAUCGAAGUCACCGACGACAAAGACCCGAGGAUCGACCAAGUCAAGGACGAAGACUUCUCUUCCGCCUUUGUCCCGCGUGGAGGUUUGGUAUUAGGCGCGGAGCAGGAGCGACAGUGUCGAGAGGCUGAGAAACGCGCGCGCGAACUGCAACGGCGGAGAGCGCGGGAAGAUCGUCUCAGGGCGUGUGAGCAGAUCUGGGAGAACAGUUCUCGCGCAUUGCAAGCCGAGAAGGUUAAGGUGACUCGUCGCAAGGAGGCGGCGGCCUGUGUCCGGCGACGACUCGACAUGGAGGUGCGCGGACGCGUCCGCGCUCAGGAGCGCGAUAAGGAAGGUGCCUCGCGUGCCGUGCGAACGGUUCGCUACAGCAGUGGGAUCCAUCGUCCUGUUUUAUCUUUCGAUCACCUCUCCGCCUCCAGUAGGCGUGCGAAGGCGGCCACGUCGAACUUGCCACCCAUGUCGGCGUACAACGGACCUUUGUUUGAGUACCCAUUCAUUCCUGCCCCAGCUGCUCGAAUCUCGCCCCCAGCAUACCAGUCGACGAAGAGUACCGCGGACGGACCCUACAGAGUGCUCUCGACGCUUGCUAAUCGAAGUAUACCCUUCGCUGACGUUGUCGCCAGCAUGGAUGGCGCGCUGUUCCCUGCGGAAGACGACGGCGAAUUGUCGAAGAAGGCAGAGUCCACUAAGGAACUCGAGUUACUCAAGACGCUGCUUCAGUCGGUGACGUGGGACGAUCGCGAAGAACAGGUUCCGCGGCGCACCAUUACGUCCGACAAAGGCAAGGCGAGGGCCGGGGUACCAGACCACAACUGCUCAAUUAUCCGGGCAAGUGUCUCGACAUCCUCGUUGACCACUUCCCUGGCGAUCUCACUCUCGUCGAGCAUCAGACGGUCUACUUCUUGGUUCUCUUUCGGUAGCCGUGUCUCCGUCUCCACUGCGGCAACCUCCCCACCUGCGUCACCCGCCAUGUCAUACGACAAAUCUUUCCAACUGGCAGCAUCCACCAGCCGAGACUGCCUUAAACCUGCGGCGCGUCGUGCUCGUAGCCCACGCACACCCCGCACGCUAUCUACCUCGGUCGCCCCCUCCGAAACGCCCCUGGGCGAUCUGAGACCAAGAGCGCGCUCUUUCUCACACCUGCCUAAGUCUGCGGAUGACGACACAUAUACUCGCGGGCGGAUGCUCAACCGCCGCACAAGCUUCGAUGCCUCAAGUCACUCGUCCUCGACGACGAGCACAGCUGCUACAGUGAGCAUCGUGGCACGUGUUUCCCGCAGCGUGUCGACGUUCGUGGACAUGGCCGCCCAGUUCCAGCGUGCCUACGUCAGGGCGACAAUGUACACCGCUAACCCUGACGUCUACUUCCAAUCAUCCCCUUAUCCCCGCUCGCGAUCGCGAUCGCGCUCGCGCAGCCGCGCCCGCUCGUCGACACCGCGCUCGCGUAUGCGCACGAGCGCCCCGAGACCGGAGGGCUACCGCGCCUGCAGCGAGGACGUCGAGGUCUUCACCUCCGUCGACGCCUGCGCUGCACCCGUGCCUGAACGCGCCCUGAUCCCGCUCGCGUAUACUCGUGCUCCCUGUACGUCACCCCCGGAGGCCCCGCGCGUGUUCCCGCCACCGCCUCCAAUACCGCGGUCCCCGUUCCGGUUGCCGCACCCGCCGACAGAACUGACGUCGCGGUACCGCCCCGUCGCGAACCCGCUCCUGCUGCGCAUGCGUGCACUGCAGAAUCUGUGCAGGCCCGAGGCUGCGCAGGUGCUAGAGGUACGCGAGAAGGUCGUCGGCAUCGCAUGGGAAGGCAUCGGACACAGCGGCCUCAUCCGCGAAGUCAAGCCGUGCUGUGGCUAGAUCUAGAUUCUUUGUUGUACAUGCCCUGCGUGCAGUUUCAACGCUGUGCGACUCUGCACUUCUUGUCUUGAUGUCUCGGGCUCUAGAGAUGCCUGACUUGUACUAUGCUAAUCUUACUCAUCCAUAUCACUCUCACUGCUGUCGAGUAGCUUUCUCUCAUAUGUUUUCUGGGCGCACAUUGUCACUCAACCUCAUUUGCUCUCUUGUUCAUACAUGUUGCUAAUGUAGAAUCAUCCAUUUUACGCCACCUCAUUUUCACGUAGUAUCACGUAGGCUAGCCAGUUACGAGUAUAAUGAUCUACGCCCUUUUA